GGUCAGCAGCGUCCUGGAGCCGCCGUGUCACUCCCCGACAGCCAUGAACUGCAGUGAGAGCCAGCGGCUGCGCACUCUCCUCAGCCGCCUGCUGCUCGAGCUGCACCACCGGGGCAACGCCAGCGGCCUGGGCGCCGGCCCCGGCCCGAGCAUGGGCAUGGGGGUCGUGCCGGACCCGUUCGUGGGCCGCGAGGCGACCAGCGCCAAGGGCGACGAGGCCUAUCUCUACAUCCUGCUCAUCAUGAUCUUCUACGCUUGCCUGGCUGGAGGCCUCAUCCUGGCCUACACCCGCUCCCGCAAGCUCGUCGAGGCCAAGGACGAGCCGGCCCAGGCCUGCGCGGCGCACGAGUGGUGUCCAAUCCAGAGCAAACCUUCCUUCACUUCUUUGGACUCUUCCCCAAAUGACUUAAGGAUCCUGAGUAUGUUUAAGGAUCUUGCAAGAGCUGAGAGGUCAGAAGUGUCUGUUGCUCAGGUCCCAUUGUUCAUAUUUGCUAUUGUUGGUGAAAGUGGCCAUCGGGACCAUGUUGGUGUCCUAGGAAUCUGUGUUCCUCUGGGAGCCACUAGAGAGCUGCGCUAUGGCCUGACGCUGGACUAA